AUGUGGCAAAUAUUAUUAAUCGACUAUGACGUCCAAUACGUGACUCAAAAAGCUAUCAAGGGGAAUGUCUUGUCUGACUAUCUUGCCCAUCAACCUAUGGAGGGUUACCAGUCGAUCAAGUUUGACUUUCUCGAUGAAGAUAUCAUGUUCAUCAGAGACUGUAAUAUUCCAGGCCCAGAUGAAGGAUCCGAACUAGAAGCGCGAUGGACGCUCGUGUUCAAUGGUGCCUCUAAUGCAAAAGGCCAUGGAAUAGGAGCAGUUAUUACAUCUCCAACUGGUUUUCACAUUUCAUUCACCGUUAGAUUAUGCUUUGACUGUACCAAUAAUAUGGCAGAAUAUGAAGCAUGCAUCUACGGUAUUGAAGCAACCAUGGACUUGAGAAUCAAGAUUCUUAAGGUGUUUAGAGAUUCUACUUUAGUAAGCAGUCAAGUCCGAGGAGAUUGGGAAACUCGGUAUAAGAAGUUGAUUUCGUACAAAGAACACAUUAUAAAAUUGAUUCCUUAUUUUGAUGAAAUCACUUUUCAUUACAUUCUGAGGGAAGAGAGUCAGUUAGCUGAUUCUCUAGAUACUCUUUUAUCCAUGUUUAAAGACAAGUGGAAGAAUGAAGCACUUGUCAUCCGUAUUGACCACUUGGAUGAACCAGUGCACUAUCUAGCAAUGGAGUUUAAAUCUGACGAUAAGUCAUGGUGCUACGACAUUAAGAGAUAUCUAUAA